UCUUCGAACGACGAUUUUUAUGGUCUUGUACUCGGUCCUGCACAAGAUCAGCAGACUGGUACAUCUACAAAAUCCGCUAAAGAGUCGAUAAUGGCACUCUACGCCAGCACAAUUAACAAUAAUCCAUUCUAUAGUUCUGGAAGCCCGGCCCUCGUUUCUAGCGAGGCAAAUAUGUUUCAACAAUUACCUCAGAAUUGCUCACCGUAUUUAGGUGAGUUUAUCGCCUUUUAUAUCAAUAAUCACUUAGCUUUUGCCACUCAAACCCAAUUCUGA